AUGCAAGCUCCCGCCAAGCUCAGGGCAGACGUCAGCGCAUUGACUUGUAUCUUACCAUAUCAACUUACCCAUCCGGAGCUGAGAAUUGCCGUCGCCUGCACAAACGACAGUCAGAGUCAUGACCGCAUCCUUGUUCGCGCCACUGCACCAGCCAAGCUCCAAGCUCGUACCGUUUCGCACAACUCGCCCCUCGGACUCCGCCAGCGUCUAUCAACUUUGAUCACAAACACCUGGUAUCCAGCGGGGAUGCAACAUCAAAACAUUGACGAUAUUGCACGCCAUGUCAGCCUUAACCUGGAGGCAGAAUGGGAGGAUCGCGACUCGACUGUGCUGCGGGUAGCUCGGAAAUCGGGAGGUGUGCUGCUGUGGGCCGAGCUUGUGGUCGGUAUACUCAACGCUGCAAUUUUGGAGGGGGCUACGCAGGCCCUGGUCGACAACAUGAUUCUCGAGAUGCCUGGCUACCUGGAUGGACUGUACGAAUGGCUACUCUCGACGCUGACGGCAGAGGAAAAAGUCGAAACUUUGGCGCUCUUCCAGUGGGCGAUAUUGGCCUCGGAGCCGAUGCGACUGGACGAUAUAGUGACUGCAGUCCGCGUCACGCCGUCGUGGGAAACCGGCGACAUGUCACCAGAAAAUGCGCUGGCUGUGGACCCUCCGUUGUCAUUUCACAGCAUCGGAGACGUGGGAUCGGCCAGUCUCGGGCACUGCAAAGGGUGGCUCAACUUUGUGUCACUGGGGCUACUUGAAGUCCGACCAGAGUCGGGCGACGCAGAGAGCGAGGUUUUGGGGCUGCAGCGGGUGCACGUCAUCGACGAGUCGGUCCGGACGUUCUUCUUGUCUGGGCGUGGGUUUGCCGCACUGGACAAGAACAACGAGACUACAUUCUACUCGCACUCUUGGUCGAAGCAGGACCUGGGAGACGUGUCGCAUUACGUCCUGCUCAACACGUGCACCAACUUUCUCAACAUGACUGAUUUCGAUUUCCUCGGCCGCGAACUGACCCGGGCAACCUCGGGAGUGGAUAUAGCAUACUGGCGAGCGAAACAGCACGAGCAGAGGCGGCUGAUCAUGUCCAGCUAUCCGUUUUUGCAGUACGCAGUGGACAACCUGCUGUACCACAUGCUCUCGCCGCGGCAGUUUCGAUAUCACCUACCACAAAAGGAAAUUCUGAAUCUCUUUUCGGCAAACAAUUGUCGUCUCUGGAGGAGGUGGACAUUCCUGCUCGGCGUCCGAAUAAACGAGCCAGAAGCGGCGCUGGCUGUCAGUGCCGAGGGGCCAGCCGGGCCGCUGUUGGAUCCGGUGUACGGGGCUCGCUUUCGACUGGAGAGGGUGUUUAGGCGAGUGAGCAAGAUUGCAGAGACGGAGCACAGGGUGAGCUUCAAGAUGCAGGACGAGGUCGAGGUGAAGGGCGACCCGGUGGAGCAGAGCAACCUGAGGCUUCGCAACCUCAAUCACGACGCGGGCCUGCAAGGGCAAGGGCAAGGGCAAGGGCAAGGGCAUCCGUCAGCUAAUCCACCCCGAGCGUUUUCCGAGCCCGUACCACGAAAACUCAAAAGCUGCCUCAAGGUUGACAUUCGGCCGAAGCCGACGGCGGUUGCUGUGGCGACGCCUGCUGUGGCGACGCCGACAUCUCCUGAAAGCUCGAGGAAUGAUCGGAUCGUUUCCUUCACGUCAACCGAUGUGCCGUCAAUCUUUUCUCCCGUCGAGGUGGGGUCGCCAAAUUCUGUGCACAGCUUGAUGAGUCCCCUGUCGGUGCUCGAGGCAACGUUUGAAGCAGCCGCCAAAGGAAGGGAUAUUUAUGAUGGUGUCUAG